AUGGAAGAAACGGAACGAGUAUUACAUAAUGUUUUAUCGCGAAUUUCAAAGGAGAAAGCAAAAAUUAUUCUACUGUUAUGUAGAAAAUUGAAAGUUAUAAAUUAUCCAAGUUUGCUGAAAUUUCUGCAUAAGACAUUGAUCGAGAAUGAAAAUCAGAUUGAAAGAAAUGAAACAUUUAAAAUUUUACAAUCGUUGAAAUUCGAUUCAAAUAAUGUUAAAUAUAUUGAUGAAACAAUUAAACUGGAAAAAAAAUGUUUAACAAACGAUCAAAGUGUAAUUAAAGAUUGUUUAGAACAUGUAAAAAUGAAAAAUAAACUCACAUUGAAUUGUUUUAAAGAGUUAAUAAUAUAUUUUUCUAUGAAUGAAACAAGCGAAAUAAUAAGAGAAAUUGUUGAACAAGAUAUACAAAAAUUACCAAAAUGUUUUACUGAAAAAUUUCAUGAAUAUGUAAAAUCAUCAUCAUCGUCAAAUAAAAACAAUCAAACGAAUAUAAUUCGUAUUAGUAAAUCGUUAAUUAAGGGUAAAUAUAUGACUUUUGACGACAUUCAUAAUAUUGAAGAAUUAAUUUCCAAUUACAAAAGUAUUGAUAAUGAUAUUUUCGAUUUAUUACUUUUUGACGUUUUUUAUUUACGUUAUGUUUUUUUACGUUGA